AUAUAAAAUAGAGAAAUUUAUUAAAAAUUAGGAAGGGUCACAAUCGAUGGAUAUAUAUCAUUUCCAAUAACAUAAAAUAAAUUAAUAAAUAAUGACCAUUGUGACAGAUAUUAUAAUAAUGUCAACCUAUAUCUUUCUUCUUCCUAUAUAAUAAUUAUAUGGUGAAUGAUUGAAGAGCAGAAGAAGAAGUGAUAAAAGAUAUAUACUUAAAAAGAUAUGGGAUUGAAUUUUUGGUGUCUCCUUCUUGUCCUCCUGUACUUUUUUUGGAGUAGUGAAUGUGAUCAAGAGACAAGGAAUAAUGAUGUGAAAAGCAAUGACAAUAUUAUAAGUCUUCCUAGUGAGAAUCAUCAAGAUCCUCAUCAUCAUCAUCAUCAUCAUGGCUCUCAUGAUGAUCAUGAUCUUGACCGUUCAACUAUACAAGCACAGUCACUUUUUAUCAACCUGAAUGACAUAAAAAAGGGGUUCACAAAACCUAUAUAUUUUCCAAAGCUGAAAAAACCUCAUAAAUCUCCUCCUUUUCAACAUGAGCAACAAUUAUUAGGAGCUCCAAAUUCGGUUCCUUUCUCCUUAAAACAACUUCCAAACCUUCUUAGGCUAUUCUCAGUCCCUCAAGGCUCACCACAAGCCAAAUCCAUGGAAUCCACUCUCCAAAUGUGUGAUGAUUUUAAUCCCAUCAAAGGAGAGAUUAGGAAGUGUGUUACUUCUUUUGACUCUAUGCUUGAUUUUGUACGUGGCAUCUUUGGAUUGGAUGGAUUCGGCCACGGGUUUACUUUUCUCACAACAACCUUUUACAAUGACUCCAAUACCGCCAUAUUCCAAAACUACACGGUUUUGGAUGAUCUCAGGGAGAUCCCUAUUCCUAAGAUGGUGGCAUGCCAUCUUAUGGAAUUUCCUUAUGCUGUUUACGGAUGUCAUAGCAUGGUUGGUGAUAGGAGGCUGUUUAAGAUGUCGUUGCGUGGUGAAGGGGAGACAUAGUCGAGACCAUCGUCGUUUGUCACUUGGAUACCUCUGAGUGGGAACCCGAACAUAUUUCUUUUAAGGCGCUAGGGUUCGGGCCAGGGAUGGGUCCUGUUUGUCAUUUCUUCCCUGAUCAAACUAAUUUUGUAUGGAUUCCAUCCUCUAUUUCAGUCUAGCUAUAUAUGGCAUUAAAUUACUGAAAUAGUAUUAAUGGCAUUUACUAUUUGCAAUUUCUUUCUUAUAGUAUCGUUAAGUUGUGAUGUGAUGAAAUAAGCAUCAUAUUAUUGAUGUAUGUUAUCAUAUAAAAGAUUGUGUUUGGAAA